AUGUUUCUUCAAAUAUUGUUUUUCACACUCUCUUAUGCUUUACUCAAAGAGAAGAUCACUCCAUAUGAAGUGACUCUCCCAGUCAAUUUAUUAGGCGGUGAAUAUACUUUCCGAAUAUACACUCAAGUCACAUUUUCUGUUCGUUUGUAUCCAUCUUCUGAUGCCAAAAACAAUUAUUACAUUGGGUAUACUGAUACCAAUGGACUUGGUACUGUUAUAAAGGUGAAAGCCAAAACCAACACUAUUAUGCGAACAGACACAUUCACAGGAUAUAGUGUCAGAGGUCUUACCGUGAAAGACGAUGGUUCCUAUGGUGUCUUCCUCUGGGAUACUAAGACCAGUCUAAUUUACUUCAGAAAAAUAGAUGCCGCUGGAAAGGAAGUAUACACCAAAAAUCUUGAUUUAAGAACCCAAACAUAUCCUUCAUCAAUUGUAGCUGGAAGUGACAAAGGCUUUGGAGUUGGAGACAGUCGCUUAAAUUACGGUAAUGGGACAUUCCAUCUCUACACACACAUCCACAGUGAUAAUGGACAUGAAGGUGAUGCUUUGUUUACAAUUAAAGAUGAUGGGACAGUGACUAAAAUAUGGGGAUGGGGGUGCUCACACAUGCUCUCUGGCUUGCAAGGGUGA